AUGGCUCAUUCGUUGAUGUCAGCAGAGGUGCCCAAGUGUUCCAUUGAGGAAUACUUGAUGCAGUGCUCAAGAAGACUCUUUGAAAAAGAGCUAGAAGAAGAAGAGGAAAGAAUUGAAUUUAGGAAGAAAUUUCUGAGUGUGAUGCUGCCUCGGGACAUGCCAUUUGGUGGAGGCAAACCUCCCAACUAUCAUCUGGGGGCAGAAGUCUAUCAUCCCAAUUUCUGUGCUCAGCAACUUGGCUGUCCUCAGCUAAUUCCUCACAAGUCAUACAGGAGCUACAAUCGUGCUACCUCUUGGAGGGAUUCAGAUGAUUUGGACGUACAUAAGGACUGCAAAUGUUCGGUAAAUAAAAUAAACAACAGUGUGGAUGUUCUCUACCCCUCGUGGGAGCCUAAUUCCUACAGUUCUGCUGAUUUUGACGCCUGGUGGAAGGCUAGGUUCCAAGGUUUUUCUGCCUUGAGCACUGCCCUCAAGGUGCUUUUUGAUGGCUGGGACUCCUGGGCAAUCUAUGCAGGGGCAGAGGCCAAGAGCUUUAUGGUGUAG